UUCUCUUUUACACUUAGCUUCUAAACUGAGUUCCACUCCAGCCCUGAGCUGCACUCAGUACCAUACAGGCACAAAGCACUCAAGCUAUUUCAGACACAUUUAAAGGAUCACAGUCAAGAUCUCAGCUGGUUGAAGAGGUGUCUUGUUCAGCAUCGAAAGGAGGGGUAAGGCUCUCUCUUAAAAAUGUCAAAACAGCCAGCUUCAAAUGUCAGAGCCAUUCAGGCUAAUAUCAACAUCCCAAUGGGAGCAUUCCGACCUGGUGCAGGACACCCUCACAAAAGAAAAGAAUUUACACCGGAGGUGGAAGAGAACCCUCCUGCUUCUACAGAAGAAGAAAAGGAGAAGAAGCUUCUCCCAGGAGCCAAGAAACUUCCAGGCCCUGCUGUCAACUUAUCAGAGAUUCAGAAUAUAAAGAGUGAGCUGAAAUUUGUCCCCAGAGCUGAGCAGUAGUAGAAACAAACAGGCCUAACAAGAGAAACAGAAUGGAUCCCAGUGAAUGCAGAACAUUGAAAUAUUUUAUAUAUUUGUAUGAAGAUUAUGGACUUCCUAAAUACAAGAUACUCCAUAAGAAACUUUCUCUUUGUACAUUUAUACCAACACUUUCUUGUUGUUCAUGUUGCUUUAUGUAAAAAAAAAAAAAGCAUUGGUGACACCACACUGUGCAGAGUAGUAAGUGGUGAACCUGUAUAUAUACAGAAAUGAGCUUGAUCUUAUGUGCAGAGAUUAAUGGAGACAAUGGAGGUUAGAGGAGACAAAAGGCAAAUAAAUAAUUUUUUCCAGGUAAAAUAUCUCUAGUACCUGAAAGAAAUGUUUUCCUUACUUUUCAAAAUAAAUCAUACAGGUAAAGUGUUUUAAUGGAACCCUGGUUACAGAUUUAAGAAGAGAUGAUAAAAUUCACACUUUACCUUUAAUGACUAGCUAAAUAAGUCUGACCUGUAAAACAAAGAGAUAAAGUAAGAUGACAAUCUUACAGGUGUGGUCUUUGAACAAGAAGUUCAUCUUAAAUUCCUCCUUCAUAGUAAAGCUGCAGGCUUUUUCUUUUGCUUUAUAGUAUAAAAUGCAUUCUUGUUCAGAUGUUUCUACAUUGCUUUUACAUUCUACAAUGAACAUAAAAAAAAAGACGUGGAAAGUAAAGCGUUCCUUACAGAAGCCUUAGCUCCAGAAAGCAUCUCUGUUCAGGAAAAUACAUUAGCUGAAGCAAGUUCUUAAUCACAUGCUUAACUACCAUGAACACAAGCUUAAAAUUAAGUCUAUACUGAAUUGCUUCCUGAAUAGAGGGCCUUAGGACCCAGUCCUGCACUUUAUACUCAAACAGUUUGGCUUAUGAACCUUGAUGGAGCAGUUCACCUGAAGGAACAGGCAAACAUGCAAAUGUCAUAAAAUAUUGCCUUGUAUAUGUUUCUACUGAAUUAUCAUGGCACAGAAAUAGAAUACACUCAAAUAGACCCCUAAAUACAAAUGAAUAAAUAUGAAACCUAAAUGCUUGUUUUAUAUGGUAUGUACAUAAUGAAGUGUGUUUAAAGCAUAUUCUAUUUUUGGAAAUGAAACGUUAUUGUUGGAGAAAUUCAAUACAUUAUGUUUCCUUGA